CCUCAGCCUCCUCCUCCCCCUCCCCUCCUCACCACCACCCUCCUCCUCCUCCCCCCACCGCCAUCCCUGCCUCCCCGCGCCCGAGGCGGCCUCCGCCUUGCGGCGCAAAUUCCUGGCGGGGCUGCGCGCCUCUCCGCGCCGGCAGUCGCAGCAGCAGCAGCAGCAGCGGCGAGGAGGAGGAGAGCGGAGGAACGAGAGGCGGCGAGAGCGCGGCCAGGGGCGAGAGAGCCGCAUGUUCCAGCAGAGACCCCCCGCGAUGUCGCGCCCCACGCUGCCGCGCUCCCCGGCGUCGCCGCUCAGCUCGCAGGGCAUCCCGGCGCCCGCUCAGCUCACUAAGUCCAAUGCCCCCGUGCACAUCGACGUGGGCGGGCACAUGUACACCAGCAGCCUCGCCACGCUCACCAAGUACAACGACAGCCGGAUCGGGCGGCUGUUUGACGGCACAGAGCCGAUCGUGCUGGACAGCCUCAAGCAGCACUACUUCAUCGACCGCGACGGGGAGAUGUUCCGCUUCAUUCUCAGCUUCCUGCGCACCGCCAAGCUGCUGCUGCCCGAGGACUUCAAGGACUUCAGCCUGCUGUACGAGGAGGCGCGCUACUUCCAGGUGGCGCCGCUGGUCAAGGAGCUGGAGCGGUGGCGGCAGGAGCGCGAGCUGGCCAAGGUGAGCCGGCCGUGCGACUGCCUGGUGGUGAGGGUGACGCCCGAGCUGGGCGAGCGCAUCACGGUGAGCGGUGACAAGGCGCUCAUCGCAGACACCUUCCCCGAGAUCGGCAACGCCAUUUGCAACAGCGCCAACGCCGGCUGGAACCACGACUCCACGCACGUCAUCCGCUUCCCUCUCAACGGAUACUGCCGCCUCAACUCCGUGCAGGUGCUGGAGAGGCUGCUGCACCGCGGCUUCUCCGUGGUCGGCUCCAGCGGUGGAGGCAUCGACUCGUCCCAGUUCAGCGAGUACCUGAUGCGCCGCGAGGUGCGGCGCGCCCCCCAGCAGCACACCGCCGUCAUCCGCAUCAAGGAGGAGCCCCUGGACUGAGCGGGAUGGGGGGGGGGGCUGAUGAGGUUCGUGGGGGACGCGUCGACAUCGAGGAGGAAACCCCUGGACUGGGAGAGCCGUGGGGAGCAGGGGGGGGAAAGGGUGGGGGUAGAGGAGGCGGUAGGGGGGGGAAUGGGGAGCACGGGGAUUGUGGAAGAUGAUGAUUGUGGUGGUGGUGAAGGGUGAUGAGAUCAAGAAGAUGGGGAUGAGACUCGGUGAUGACAAUGAUGGUGGGAUGGGAGGAUCGUGAUGAUGGUGCUGGUGAAGAUGAUGGUCGUGGAAGAUGAAGAAGUUUACCAGCGUCGCUAUCGUUGGCUGUGAUAAUGCCAUGAAGUUUCACGAGAGAACCUGCUGAUCGCGGUGGUGGUGGUGAUGAUUGGUGAGCUGGGUGGUGGUGAUGCACCGCUUGUGCGCUCCAUGCUCGGUCAGAGCUCAGGAUGUGAGCAUGUUGUUUCAGAGGGAGACGGAGAGACAGACAGAAAGAACGCAGAGUCGGAGAGAGACGAGGAGGGAGAGAGAGGAAAAGAGGGAGAGGCAAAGCAAACUCACAAAUCUCUCAUUCUUGUUUAAACUUCGCACUCGGCGAGUCUCGUGUCUCCCUCCGUCUCCCCCUGCCCCCCCCGAUGCCUCCGUGUCUUCCUGUGUUGCCGUCUCCCUCUGCUCUCCCUCAAUGUCUCCCUGUUUCCCCGUCUCCCCUUGCACCCCCCUUCCAUCCCGUGCCUCCCCCAGCACCCCCACCCCCACCCCCUCCACCCACCCCACUGCAAAAGCUUUGCGCGCAACUCCACACAAAGUCCGAGUGACCCAGGACCGCUUUGCCGAGUCUCAAGGCUCGUUUUCUCGGCAGUCCCGCUACUUUGGGAAUUUUAACCAACUUACUGCCCCUCCUCCUCUUCUUGUUGUCGCCGCCGCCACAGCCCCCCGUCUUUAUUUUCUGAGUAUUUUUUAAUCGCGGAGAAACCGAGCGCACAAGGGGAGAGGAGCGUGGAGGAGGCUGCACGCGUGGACGCCCUCUUCUCCCGGGGUCUCCCGCCCGCCCGCUCUCUGCAGUGCGUCACUGCCACUGGCCGUGUUCACGGGGGGCAUGGCCCAGCGAGGAAGCGAUGUGGCCCAGGUGCGUGCACCACAUAGCACGUGGCCCGCGCGUGUGGGGAGCGGAUCGCGCGCUCGGCUACGAACCCAACAACCCGAGUACGAUUCUCGCUCGCGGACAACACCGCUGACGAUAUCAGUCGGUCUUGGGCCUCCCCUCGGCUGACUCGUCUCAAUUGAGUACCUGGUGUGGUGUAAACAUGGCCACUAGGGAGACAAAGGCGGACGGGCGUGGUGCUGGCCACACACCCCCUCGUGUGCCGUGCUAGCCUUCGUAGGUGCUCGCUAACAGCUCUUGCCCUGACAGUCUAUUAAAGGCUGCAUGGGGGAUCUUUAUCUGUGUGUACACGUGUAUGUACGUGUCUGCGAGCCGCUCAUUUCAAAAAGUCGAUCCCAUCCCUGGGGUCAAGAGUUCAAAGCAAGUCGCCCUGCCGACUCCCUCCCCUCACACCCCCCUUCUCCCUCCCCUCCUCGAUCGAUGGACGGGCGCGAUGUUGUAUUUAUAUAAACGAUGGCGAUGAGGUUGAUAACGAUGAUGACGACUACAGUCCUCGUGACCCCACGGCCACUCUGAAGCCCCUGCAGGAGGCAGAGGCGGGAGUCCGGGUGGGGGACGUGGGAGGCGGGGAUCGAUGUGGUGUGACGGUUGACACCUAAACACGUGAUACAGGUGUGACACCUUAAACAGGUAACAGGCGAGACAUCUGAACCUGUGACACAGGUGUGCGACUCCUGAACGUGACACAGGUGUGACAUCUAAACACGUGACAGGUGUUUGAUUUCUAAACGGGGCAUGCCUGAACAUGUGACAGGUGUGAUAUCUCAACACGUGACGACUAAACACGUGACACAGGCAUGUGACACCUGAACACGUGACACUGGGACGCGUGACACAAGCAUGUCACUUGAUACAGUUGUCACCUAGGCGUAGGUGCGAUGUCUUGGUGGUCGAUGAAGUUCGUACUUUUGUGUAUAAUAAUAAACAAUAAAGAAAAGCAGCUGUAAACCCUG